GUGGACUAAGGCCAACAACAUGAAGUGGUUUUAGUCACAUAUAAGCAUAUGAAUGCAUAGCUAGUGGCAUAUUGAGGCAAAGGAUUUUAUUCAACCCUGCUAGUGCUUAAGAGGAAGUAUGAAGCCUGUGUGGGUUAUGUCCAAAAAAAUGAUGAGUUGUGGGCGGCACCAUGCUUGUCUUGUAGGAAAUUUAAUCGCAGGCUGAGAAGGAGGGGAGAUAACAGAACAUAUACUUAUAUGUAGAAAUUCACUCUGUUUCGCUGUGGAUAACUACAAUAAGCGACACCUUCACAGGUGCAGGCAAACAACUUGUACAUCACCUGCCAUGCAGGUGCUGAUUCUGUGCUAAGUUAUGCAUGCAAAUGCAGCAAUACUUAUUGUAAUUACCAGCAGUGUACAGGGGUUACAACAUGUCCAGUACUUCCAAUACUGUUGACCUGUGGACAAAUGGUGCAACUGAUCCAUAUCCUGUUUUAAAUAUUGGUCAAGCAAUACCAUUGUCCACAGUAUCCAGUGAUGCAAAUGGCCUUCCUUCAAGCAUACCAACAAAGAGUCAAGAAGCUCCUGGAGCUCUCAGUCACCUCUCACAGCAAGACUGCAUUGUGCUCUCACCACCAAAGUGUGCAGUGUGUGGUCGAUCCAUUCCACAUUAUCCCACCCCUGUCCCCCAUCUGGCCCCUUUCUCCCAAGCAACUGUUGAAGAGCUUUCAGGCCUCUCACUGGGGCUAAAAACAACUUGCCAGAGUUGUGUAGGACUCUUUCAGAGAUUGGACUACCACCAGACAAUAGUAAAUACCAUCAAAAAUGGUCUGAAAAAAUGUGUUGAGCUACAACCAAGAACUGACUUUCAGGGCCCUGUCGAAUCUGCGCUGCCAUGCACCAUGUGCCCGGUGACGGUCGCGGACAGGGCGGCGCUGUCCAGCCACCUGGCCUUUCACCUGCAGGGCAGUCAGCUGCCUUGCACGAGAUGCGGUCGCCAGUUCACCAGCUGGCUGACGCUGCGACGCCACGCGCUGGCGGUGCACCAGGGCGCGCUGCUGAGCCGCUGCCGCCGCUGCCCGGCCGCCUUCAACACGUCGGCUAAGCUGGUGGCGCACAAGCUGAUCCAUCACGGCGCUGCUGAGAGUCUGCGCCGCCACUGUUGCCCGACCUGCGGCCGUCGCUUCGCUAGCCCACACCGCUAUGUGACGCACCUGCGCACGCACGGCGCCGACACCGAGCCGGAGGUGCGCCGCACGCUGGCGGCGCUCGCUGCUGGCCGGUGGCACGCGGCUUCGUCCGAGGGCGGUCAGCGGGACUCGGGGCUCGACGCGCCCGAACUGGCCCGCGAUGAAUACGAGAGCAUGGACGCGGCUAGCGCGGACGACCCUGACGACUCGGACGGUGGCGGUGCGAUCAGGGACGAGGCUGAGACGGAAAAGGCGGCUAUUGCAGUGGAUAGCAGGACCAGCUCAGGUGUACCCGAUUAUCAAAGCCCAGCUGAGGCUGGGAAGACCACUGUGCAGCCUUCGACGGGGAGCUUUCAUUGUGGUCAUUGUGAUAAAGUGUUCAAACGGAAGCAGUCCCUUGAUCGUCACAUUGACGCCAUCCACAAGCCAUCGGCGAAUUGGAAGUGUACCCAAUGCGAGAAAAUGUUCAGCAUCAAGUUCUACUGGCAGAAGCACAUGAACCGUCACCGCGACAAGUCGGAGCAGUGUUCUAACUGUCAGCGGAGGUUCGUGAACGCUCGGGCGCUGUCACAGCACAAAUGUCUGAGCUCCGACUACUCGCAGUUGGCGGCAGUGGCGCCCGGCGCGACCGCUGUCGCGGCCGAAUGUCCGUUCUGUCAGCGGCAGCCUCUGACAGGGGCCGAGCUAGGGCGCCACGUCGGGUCGCACGACCCGCAGCGGCCCUUCACCUGCACGUGCGGAGGCGCCUACACCUCGCGCCAGGGCCGCGACGCGCACGCGGCCGUCCACUCGGGUCAGCGACAGUUCGUCUGCGGCGAGUGCGGCGGGGCAUUCGUCACGCAGGCGCGACUGGCGGCGCACAGGCGCACGCACCAGCUGGCGACGGCCGUGCACGCCUGCCGCUCCUGUCCGGCCGUGCUCGGCUCGGUCGCAGCGCUGCGCAAGCACAGCAUGCAGCACCGCGAGCGCAGCUUCCAGUGCUCCGUCUGCGGCAAGUGCUUCCGCUGGAAGAACAACCUCGACAUCCACGCGCGGAUCCACGCGGACGAGCGGCCGUACCAGUGCGACGUGUGCGGCCACGCCACCCGCUGCUCGGCCAACUUGCGCCUGCACAAGCAGCGGGUACACUCGAGCGCACGGCCGCACGUGUGCGGCACCUGCCAGAAGGGCUUCAAGGAGCGCUACAACCUGGCCAUUCACCUGCGCAGCCACACGGGCGAGCGUCCGUAUGUCUGUGAACGCUGCGGCGCCGGGUUCGUCACAAAGGGCAAGCUCAACAGUCACAUGAGCAAGCACUCGGAUCAGCGCCCGCACGAGUGUCCGCUGUGUCUUAAGCCUCUGAAGACUGCGGCGAUCGUCGCCAAACACUGCCGCAGGGUGCACAGUCUGACGGCGGGGGAGGCGGCGGCACGCGCCCGAGAGCAGCGCCACCCGCCCGCCUCGUCCGCGCGGCUCAAGCACGAGCUGGCUCCUAAUCACUAUCUCUCCGCGUUUGUGCCCCCAAAGUACUGACGUUGUCAGCUGCUGGGACUGACUUGGUGUUGUUCUUGGCUGUGGUAUGCGUGGUUUAAUCGCGCUGGGGUUCCAGAUUUCAGUUGUUUGUGAGGGUUGGACCACGAGUUUGAUUUAAUAAUGCCUCGCGUGUCAACGAUGCUCAGAUAGGAGGGACUGGUUUACAAAAAAAUCUUUUCUUAGCGAAUGAGUUUCUCAAUGCGUCUAGUGGUUUGUUACGGCAGUAUCAUUCGUACAUCCGACUGUAAGUAGCCACACAACUCCAUGCGAUUAGGAUUACGUAUGGAAAUUAGAAGCAUCAAAGGCGUCUUGCCGUACCAAAUACUAUUUCUUUUUUGAAAGGUGCGGAUAAGUGAUGAUUUCCCCGCCGUAAUAGGUAGGAUUUAUUGUACAAUUAUUCAUUGUUUUGGCCCAGUAACAAUUAGACCAGUACAGUGACACUGCAAUCGGUUUUUUAAAGACUUUCCAGUUGCUGUCGAGCGUUAAGUAUCCGUGCGUACUGCAUUUAAAUUUUUGCUGUCGCAAAAAAUUUCGAUGUAAAUCCGCACAACGGAAGAGGCGACACAUGUACGCGUUAAAUGCAAGAACCGUCAAGUAUACGGCGAAACAGCCAUGCUGAUCCAGUCGUUGGUGAUAGAGGAUACCUAGGACUCCAAGUGGGCCUAAGUGACUUCGGUGACAUGUGGACGUUCUUACUGGUUAUUUCGUAGCAGAAUGCGGCGGGGCAGUCGUACUUCAUAGUGUCAUCGUGCUCAUCGUCUCAUCAAGCACCACCAUCAUCAGCAUCAUUACAAAUCGAACGUCCCCACCAAUUACAUCAUGAUCUGGUUGAGAAUAAAAGAGAACUCUGUUGUGUGGAAGUCAAGAUUUGGGUUUUCGGACGAGUUCACAAUUUUGACCUGGCAUACGUUCACCAUUUUGUAACUGGAAAAGAGAAUCGGCUACCGCAUCCGAUGAUCGAAGUUUCAUGUGCAGUCUACGGAUAGGUUCUCGGAAUUAACUUAUAAUUGCCGAAUUCGAUUCGCCCCUAAGCU